AGGAUGGAUGAAAGUAGUGCUAGUGGAGGUGGAAGGGGAAAAAACAAACGAUUUUGGACUGCCCAAGAAGAUAAGGCUCUUGUGGAAGCCUUGUCAGAGUUAGCUGUUGAUCCUCACUGGAGGUGUGAAAAUGGAUUUAGAAGCGGCUACAUGGUUCGCUUAGAGGAGCUCAUAGGUAAGGCUCUUCCUGGUUGUGGUUUGAAGGCUCUGCCACACAUUGAUUCUCGACUUAAGACACUUGUAGCCAAGUUUAGGGCUAUUUCUCAAAUGUUAAAUACAAGUGGAUUCGUCUGGGAUGAUGAAAAAAAAAUGAUUUCUGUAGAUCGGGCUGUUUAUGACGAGUAUUGCAAGAAUCAUCCGAAUUGCAAAAACCUGUUUGGAGUUUCAUUUCCGCACUUUCAUGAACUAAUGAAUGUUUACGGCAAGGAUUACGCUACCGGAAAACCAGCUGAAGAUUAUGUUGAAGCAAUACAGAAUUUGCAAAACGUUGCCCCUCCACAAGUUACACUUGAUUCAAGUGAUGAUGAGGGAAUUGAUGCUAGUGGUAAUGCCACUCAAACUGUUACUUCUCCUCCUGCUAAAAAAAUGAAAACUGAAAAAACUUCUAAUAAAAGAAGUAAGAGAGGAAAUGCUGGUGAAGGUAGUUCUAAUGAGUUGGCUAGCUUACAAGCAUUCAUGAAAGACAUGAAUGUUCAUCUUUCAACUAUGGCAAAUGUGAUGGCCCGCACUGAUGAUCGUGAGCAAAAAGUAGUUGAACAGACUGAGAAAGUGUUAGAGGAACUACUAUCUUUUAAUUUAGAAGGUGUAACUCCUAACCAAGUUUUUGAAGUGGCUAACAUUCUAACCUCACAACCAAACAAGCUCCUCAUAUUUUCAAAGUGUCCCGACGCUUUGAAAAGUGAUUAUGUUAAGAGUCUUCUUGGAGGAAAUAGUAAUGCUUAGAUCUAAUGUUGUGGUUCCAUGAAUGAUUUUGAAAAGGACUAGAACACUUUUCGUAUGUAUUUUGAUCUACAAACAAGUCAUUAUAUGUAAUUAAUCGAGCUACGUUGUUAUUAUUUAGAGUUAUGUUUUUUCAAAAAAUAAUUUUUUCAAGUUUAUCAUAUAACAACUACUUAUUUUUGGAGAAAAUAUAAAAGAAUUUAAAAAAUCAAAUUUUGAUUCCUUAGCUUGAACCAAACAGUCACAAAGGGAAUCAUUCAGCAGUUCAUUCCGUUUCCUGAACACAACCAAACAACUAGGCUAAAUUAGGGGAAUCCAUUUCUUUCUCCUUCAUUCCCUUUCCUGAUUCCAUUCCGA